GUUAUACAACACCCUUGCACAAACCCUGAACUUUAUAAACCUCUCUGCUUCCCUCACUUAGACCAAUUACCCAUACGGAAUCUGAGGCUCGAAUUGAUCUUCAAAGCUCUCGAAAGUAGAAACUUCCAAUAAAUUAAAGGUCUGUUUUUGGAGUAAUUUCAAUACUAGUUACAAAUUUUAAAUUUUUGUAGCUUCCACAUACAUAAAUUGUUGGGUAUUGUUCAUAUUCAGAGAUAAUUAUGAGUGAGAUGAAAGAAUUUGAGGCAUCCAAUUCAGGAAGUGAUGUAAUUGAAGUUGCAAAAUCAGUUAAGAAUGAGGAGAGAGAGAGGAAGAGGAGAGAGAAAAGAAAGAAGAGAUUGUUGAAGGAAGCUGAAAAGGCUGAAAAAAGAGGUGUGUGUUAUCUCAGUAGAAUUCCUCCUAAAAUGGACCCUUUGAAGCUCCGCCAAAUUCUUUCGGCAUACGGCGAAAUUCAACGUGUUUAUCUUGUCCCUGAAGAUCCGGAAGCUCAAAUGAGACGUAAGAAGUCUGGAGGCUUUCGAGGACAAGAAUUCUCUGAAGGGUGGGUUGAAUUCGCAGAUAAACGCAUUGCAAAAAGAGUGGCCAAUAUGUUAAAUGGUGAACAGAUGGGAGGGAAAAAGAGAUCUCAAUUCUACUUUGAUAUUUGGAACAUCAAAUAUUUAAGCAAGUUCAAGUGGGAUGAUCUUACUGAAGAGACUGCAUGCAAGAACGCCAUUCGAGAACAGAAGCUGCGGUUGGAAUUGUCUGCUGCAAAGAAAGAACGAGAUUUCUAUCUUAAUAAAGUGGAAAAGUCUCGUGCUUUAUUUGAAAUAGAAGAACGUAUGAAGAAGAAGCGGAAAGUCCAAAAUGGUCUGGAUUCAGAGGGGCCGACGGAUCAGCAGAAACCCAAAGUAAUACGCCAUUUCCCCCAGAAGAGACCUCUUUCAGAGACUGCUUUUAAAAGCAAGACUAAGCUCUCUAAAGAUGUACUGUCUGACAUCUUCAACUCCGGAAAUGAUGAAGCUUGAGGACACUGUGGGGCAUUGGCGUUGAUGUUGCAAGUCCGUUCAUGUCUGUCCGCCUUGAUAAAGAAUGAAGGUUUACAUGUAAAAAGAUGUGGUUGGUCGUACGACCUGGAUCUUGAUCAUCAGUUAUUUCAGGUCCAAAAUUUUGAAUAGUGUAGGAUCUUUUCUAAUGUCGUUUGUCCACUCACUAAUCAGUGUAAUUUUGAUGCAUGAAACAUGGAAGGUAGGCAAUGCCAUCUCAUGUUUGAUAAGUCGUGAUUUAUUA